AUGCCACGAUGCGACUUUUUUCGCGACUUGAAGGAGGCAUCCAACGAGGGCAAUCAUUGUAUGGUAGAUGUGAGAGCUGGUGAGGAUGAUGGUGUCAUAUCUUGCACCUAUUCCCCAAACCCUAGCUUGGGAAAACCCGUAGAAAUUCAACUCCUCAUUGACGAGCUCUCUUAUUAUCCGACAGAGCAUAGCAGUUUCGUGUUUACAACUUCUAGUGAUGUCCCCAAGGCGGUCACUGACGCUUUGGAAGCAGUCCAGACCCGUUUGAGCGGAAUCCGUAUCUUUGACAUGCUCAUUCGAAUUUCAAAAAUCCUGGACAGGGCAUUCUCACCAAAUGCGGGCGGUGAAGUCGAUAUGUCGGAUAUUGGUGGUAAUUUCGACGGAAACUGUCAAUGGUCUCCUCGCACUCCUAACCCUACUCAACCCCGCGUUUGGAAACUAGGUCUGGAUACACAAACCAAAGUUCCUGACGAAAAUAUCCUUGCCAGGAUGGCAGCAGACCUUUGUACUGCUAAGACAGCCGGCUUCAAGCGCUCUCUCGAAGAGAUUAUACAGGAGGAUGCGUUACGUGGAAAGGUGAACAUAGAAUUCUGCGCAGAUCUAUGCGAUUCAUAUAAACCCAGCCUUCAGAGUGCGCACAUGGCUUUCAAACGCAAUGGUUCCAAGAGUCAGACCACUGAUGAAGAGCAACAAUUUCCAGUCAACGAAUGGAAACAGCGAAAGAUGACACGAUCGUUUAUCAGCAAACCUCUAAACACUCUUCUCAAUGAGCGUUUUAUCAAGAUUUUGCGAUCCCGAUAUACGUUCUCCUUCUCAUGGACAGGAGCAGAGAUUUUCUUCAAUGAUGUCCAGGGGAAAGCUCUCGAGCAAGGCAACCCUUCACUUAAGAAAUACAAGGAAGAGGAAAGCUUAGCUUCUCCAUCAACCGUGCUACCAGAGCUGUUAACAGCUGACCAUUUGAUGGAGCGUACCCGGGAAGACGCGUCAUUUCCACUUAUCAAAUGCAGUUCGUUCUCCGUCACUUCGCGAGGUGCACAGAGUUCUGCCUUGUCUGCCACUGCAAGAGAGAAGACGCAUUCGAAGCUCUCAAGCCAAUGGGAAAUUGGAUCGCAGCCUAAUGUCGUCGAUCUGCUGAUUAGCUUCACGUAUACCGGCGCUAAGCAAAAUCGCUUGGCCGACUUUCCUUCUGGGAUGGGCAUUUUGGUCCCUUCUCUCACAGGAUGCUCUCCCCGGACGAUUGGAUUGACCGCAGGACCGAAAGCCAACACCCGCUUGGGCGAAUAUGCUGCAAAGUUCAAGCUAUCAAAGUUGGAACUCUGUUUCACAAGCGAUAUUGCAUACUGUCCCGUUCGUGUUGGAGAUUGGGUUGCUGUUUGUAACCCGUCGUUCCCAAACGAACAGUUCCACUCUCGAGUCCAGAACGUACACUCGUUCCCAAAGAUACAUCUUUCCAGACUUGUCACUCGUAGAUUUUCAGACCGACCUGCUUCUGGAGUUUCUGCUGUCGACAACCCAUCCAGAUGCUAUUAUGUAACAAUUUGUGUCUAUAACCUCAACUUUGAUGACUUGAAGGAUGUGCAUAAACGGCACACCAUCAUGUUGCUACUCGAAACUUUACCCUCUGUUGAUGAAAUUAGAGAUUUCCUGGAAAAUGCCUCUGAGAAAGCGAAACCUCACCUCUCUGAUUGGCGUUGCAAGAUCUCCAAGUCGGCGCUGGAUGUGUUACGUUGGAUUAUCUCUUCAAACCGUUCAUGCAUAAUCGAAGAUGACCAUGAUAGUGACCGCGUGUCUGGGAUGGAAGCUUUCAUGCAGUUCCGAUUUGCCCAGGGCGCGCCUGACAAGGAACAGCGAUUCGUGCAAGCAGUUGUUGAGGCUAAAGAGAGAUUACCCCUCAAGUAUCCAACCAUUUUUGCCUGGCAUGGGAGUUCCUUUGCGAACUGGCACGGCAUCGUGCGCGAAGGUUUGCAUUUCAAGGAAAUCAGGCAUGGCCGUGUAUUCGGGAAUGGCGUCUACAUGAGCAGUUCGUUCGAUGUCGCAACCUAUUAUACUGGAGCUGGGUUUGGAUCGUGGCCGCAGAGUAAACUGGAAAUCUCAUAUGCUGUAUCCCUGAACGAAGUUGUCAACGCUCCCAAGGAGUUCGUGAGCAAAUCUCCCCAUCUCGUUGUCGCGCGGCUGGAUUGGCUACAGCCUCGUUAUUUAUUUGUCAAAUGCAAGGAACCCGAAUCUGCCAUGGGCGACGACGACGAUGAUGAUGAUGAUGCUGAUGAUGAGGAGGAGGGGGAGGAGGAGGAGGAGGACAACCCUUUUUCCCAAUUUCCUUUAACAGAGCCCUCCGAUCCAGUAUGUCAUUUGCAGGAUCCUGAGUAUACUGCAAGGGGACCAUGGGGGAUUCCAAUCAAGAUCCCUACAACGGCAGUUAGCCGUAGCCGCCGUUUUGUUCUGAGUGCACCUACCCCUGAGCUGGGAACAAACCAUACGGACUUUUCGGCAAAAUUGCAAAGCAGCUUGCCUUUCCACCCGUAA